CACGCCAUGCUGAUCCGCCACGACGAGUCCAUGCAGGAGCUGGAGCACAGGCAGCUGAAGACGCUGCAGAAGCUGCGGAUGGACCUGAUCCGCCUGCAGCACCAGACGGAGUUGGAGAACCAGAUUGAGUACAACAACCGGCGCGAGCGCGAACUCCACCGCAAGCACGUGCUGGAGCUCCGGCAGCAGCCCAAAAACCUCAAAGCUUUGGAGCUGCAGAUCAAGAAGCAGUUCCAGGACACAUGUAAGGUGCAGACGAAGCAGUACAAGGCCCUGCGCCACCACCAGAUGGAAGUUACGCCUAAGGCCAAGCACAAGACGGUACUCAAGGCCCUGAAGGAUGAGCAGACACGCAAGCUGGCCAUCCUGGCUGAGCAAUAUGAGCAGAGCAUCAACGAGAUGAUG